GCUGUUCACGACCUGGUGCGCUGAUGUGUUUUGUCCUCCAUUAAUCCCUCCUUUCAUCUCGUUUUAGUGGCACUGGGUCGAUAAACUCUUAAGGGCAGGCCGUCGGAAUAGUAUCAAAUCAACAUGUAUCGAUCUUUUACUGGAUAAAAAAAGGGCAAUCAGAUGGUCGAUAUACGCGGAUCAUUCCCGAGUACUCUGCGCGCAAGCAGUCUUGUUGUGUUGCGCACCACGGCGCACGAGAGUGGCUACAUGUGUGCGCACCAGCGGUCGUCGCUGAACUCCAUCACUUCUGCCAGACCCCAGAGUCAUCAGGAUAUUGCUGUAGAUUAUCACAAAAGGUGCUUUGCAUAAAAAGAGAAAGAUAACACGCGUGGCAGCGCGAUUUGGAAUUAAAUAUAAUGUGGUGGAAAUAGGCAAUGUCUUGCUUGGAGAUUGAUCUGGGCUUAAAAGUGGAUUGGACCAUACUUGUGUGAUGUGACGGGAGACGGUGCGUUAGACCCCCUACUAAGUAACAGCUGUCGACCCGCCGGUUCUUCGCGGCACGUCCUUGGCGGCACUGGAGCAGACAAAGACGGAGACGCUGAGGAAUGCGGAGCCCAGAUUUUGACUUUUCAACAUCACCUGCGGAACUCUUCGCAGCUCGCUCCAAACCGGUGAGCCCUCGCGGCGCCAUGCUGAGGCAGAUCCUCCUUAACUCCACCGACGCCCCAGACUUCGACCUGGUGCUCAUGGCCCAGUCCACCACACACGCCCCCUCCUCCAUGAACGCCUCCCACGGAGGCUCGGUGAGCGUGGCUGCGCUCCUGAGACCCACCACGGGAAGAGGGAGCGGCGGGCUCCGGGAGGGCGAGUUCCACAAACCGGACCUGAUCACCUACAUAGUCAUGUGCCUAUUGCUUUUCCUGCUGGUGCUGCUCAUUGUGUUCUUCAUAAACUGCCAGCUGCGGAACUCUUUCUUCGCCUCCAUGCCAUAUGACAGGUCUCUGAGAGAGGCCCGGACCUCCUACAAGUAGACCUCCCCUACUCCCAAACACACACACACACACACACGCACACACACACAAACCCACGUACCGUAAACCUCUGGAAUUUAUUGUGACUCCAGUGGAGGAGGAGGUGACGCCAGCAUUUCCCUCAACUACUGGAAGUGUCUGGAUCUAUAACCUGGAAUCAAUCAGGGGUUUGAUUUUUUGCAUGUUUCUCUUAUUUAUCCCUUAAGGACCCACAUCUCAGUCCAAACACAGUUAGGGGCAUUCCAGAGUGCUGUGACAGGUGGAAAAAUAACAGAUUCCAAAUGUAAUUAAUGACUCAUGUUCUGUACUUUCUGGUACCCAAACAUUUCAAACUGAAAUGUGAAACAAUCAUCCUCCACCUGUGCUCCCUAAAAACUGGAACCUCCUUUAUUCCAGUAUCCUUCCAGGCAUGCAUUAACUCAUCCAACUCCUUACAAAUCUGACCUGGCACCUGCAGUACUUGAACCUGGCUCUGUUUUUCUUCUUGAAAACAUGACUCACCAUAGAGUAUGUCAACACAGAAACUACAGUCAUCUGUAUAGAAAAGAAAAACAAACUAUUUUGUUAGGCUGUAACUUGACUGUCUUGUUUUGUGGAAUAAUCACAACAGGAUUUCCAAUCUUCAGACAAUUACAAAAUGAAUGAACGAAUGCAGGUUGGGGCUACAUCACCACAUAAAGAUGUUGAAAUGUCCUCUUUGUCUUUGUGCACAUGUAAAUUGAAAGGCAACGUUGAAGAUGACGCAGCAGCUGUUGAUGAAGGGCCAGCUGUUUAUCAUUUAAUGCGUCUGCAGAAGUGUUUAUUACAAGCGCCACAGGGUUGCUGGUCUUAUCGAGCACUUUCACUUUUAAUUAACCUCUCCUGUACAAUUUAUGGCACCUAUACCUCCUGUUUCAGAGAAUGAAGACAUGAGGCUGAAGUCCUGUGCGAUAAACCAAACUCUUGUCUGUUUUAGUGCUACUAGUGAUGUACAAAUUCUCUCAAAUCUUGUUGUUGGAAUACAUCUCUCACAUACCAAAACAGAUAAAAGUGUGCCUAUCUCUGUAAUCCUGUGCCUGUAUGUGUGUGUAAGUAAGAGAGGGAGAGGGAGAAAGUACAUGUGGGCUCAUGGGUUUGUGUAUGACAAAGAAGCACCUCAAGAGUUGAACAUUACAUCUUGAUAGGCAAGGGACCUGCAGACAAAAACUGUUUAGAACAUUAGUGUCUCCUAUGUUUCUUGUGAGGCAUUUAAUUCCACAGGCAUGAGAUAAAGAUGGUGAUUAUUCUUUAUUUGUGAUCAAAAUAAAUUCUGGAUUUGAGAAGCCAAGGAAUAAGAGAAGGAAUAUAUAUAUAU